AUGGUGGAAGAACAGGGAAUGAAAAGAUGUUCAGCUUCAUUAGCUGUACAGGCAGAGUUUGCUAAGAUAUUAAUUGCUUUAUUGUUUUAUUACAAAAAUGAGAAAGCCAAGAAAAGAGUUUCGAAUAUCCAGCAGCAGCUGGCCUUGCUAGAUAAUGAGUCUUGGCCCGGAAUGGCUGAAGCGGACAGGGACCGUCUUCAGCUCAUCAAAGAGAAGGAAGCUCUUCUUCAGGAGCUGCAGCUCAUCAGUCAGCAAAGGCGAUCCCCAGAAGACAUUGCACGUUUGGAGGAUGAAAAAAGACGCUUGGAGGAUGAAAUUCAGCGAGCUCGAGCCACGUCUGCUCAUGGGGCCACUGAAAGGAUACUGUUACAGGAAAAGAGAAAUUGUUUGCUUAUGCAACUAGAAGAAGCUACACGUUUAACCUCAUAUUUACACUCCCAGUUAAAAAGUCUGUCAGCUAGCACCCUCACAAUGUCCUCUGGUAGCAGCAGGGGAUCCCUGGCCUCCAGCAGAGGGUCCUUGGCCUCCAGCAGAGGGUCCCUCAGCUCAGUCAGCUUUACGGACAUCUAUGGCCUUCCGCAGUAUGAGAAAUCAGACGGCGUUACAGACUACGGGCAACACUUACGCUUUGACAUCAUUCCCUUCGAGUCUCUCACAAAGGAUGUGCCAUAUGCUGAUCCCAUUGGACACUCGAAUUUCAAUAAGCAGCGGAGGUCUCUGGAUACCCCCCAGUCCCUGGCAUCUCUGUCAUCACGGUCCUCCUUGUCAUCGUUGUCCCCUCCGAGCUCACCUCUGGACACCCCGUUUCUCUCUGCGUCUCGAGAUUCUCCGUUGGCUCAGAUGUCAGAAGGUUUUGAGGAGAUGGCAAGCAUGGGAGCCCUGGAAAUGCUCAGGGCUCAGACCACAGCGUUGGUUGACGAUGAUGCACAAGGAAUGAGCUCAUCUCAGACAUCCACUUACCCUCUGGACAAUGAAGGGCUGCGAGAAAUGGGACCACACCUGACUGCGGUCCAAACUGGUGGAGCUGUAACUCUGCGAGGAGACAGUGGUAGAAGAUCGGAGAGGAGAGCCAGGCGAGUUUCAGCAUGUCUCUCAGAUCAUUCACUGGCUAGUGACAGUGGCGUGUUUGAAGCUUUAAGCAAAAGGAAUGAAGAUCUGGAAGAGCCUGUUUAUGGUGAUGGUGCCAGUAAUGAAGAACCACAAAUACAUGUUGGAUUUCUGCAUGACAGUGGAAGCGAAUGUCUGUUAGUCCAUGUAUUACAGCUGAAGAACUUUACUAGUCUAGUUGUUAAAGAAAACUGCAAAAUUCAUGUGAGAGUUUAUUUGCCACCGCUUGAGUCAGGCACACCAACCACUUACUGCUCUAGAGCUUUGGAAUUCCAAACUCCGUUAAUAUUUAAUGAAGUUUUCCGAAUCCCUGUGCAUUCAAGUGUUUUGAAAUUAAAAUCUCUGCAGCUGUAUAUCUGUUCAGUUGAUCAUCAGCAACAAGAAGAGCUGUUGGGCAUUGCUCAGAUAAACCUGACUGAUGCAGAGAGUUGUGGUGAGAUGCAGCUUCACUGGUAUAGUGUUCAGAUCUUCACUGGUUCAGACCACCAGAGAGCAAAGACCAAAAACCAGUGUGAAGACAGUAUUCCCCAGUCUUCUGGAAAUGUAACUACAGUUAAAACAGAUGCAGUGACAGCUCUGUUAGCUAGGACCACUGCCCAGCUGGAAGCAGUUGAAAGAGAGUUGGCAGAAGAGAGAGUGAAACUGGAGUACACAGAAGAGGAAAUCUUGGAGAUUGAAAGAAAGGAAGAUCAGGCAGAAGCCAUAUCAGAAAGGAGUUGGCAAGCAGAAUCUGUUGACAGUGGAUGCAGUAAUUGCACCCAGACUAGUCCUCCUUAUCCAGAGCCGUUUUGUGGGGAUGCGUUAGCUGGACACAUGUUUGCAGCUCAAGCAGGCCAGUACAGUUCUGGAAAAAUGCAGCCUCCACCACUGAAGGUGGAUAAGGAAACUAACACUGAGGAUCUGUUUCCUGAAGAAGUUGCUAUUCUUCCAAAGGAGAGAAGUAGCCGCAGGCCCCGAGGCUCUGCCUUUGUUCGCAGUAGCACUAUUGUUCGCUCCCAGACCUUCUCGCCUGGAGCUCGAAGUCAAUAUGUUUGCAGACUGUAUCGCAGUGACAGUGACAGUUCAACCCUGCCAAGGAAGUCUCCAUUUGUCCGGAACACCUUGGAGAGACGCACUCUGCGGUACAAGCAGCAGUCCUGCAGAUCAUCUUUGGCUGAGCUUAUGGCAAGGACAUCCUUAGACCUGGAGCUGGAUCUCCAGGCAUCUAGAACUAGACAGAGACAGCUGAAUGAGGAGAUAUGUGUUUUAAGAGAGUUGAGACAGCGUCUGGAAGAUGCCCAGCACAGAGGGCAGACAGAUCUACCCCACUGGGUCCUCCGGGACGAGCGAUUCCGAAACUUGUUGAAGGAAGCAGAAAGGCAGACCAGACAGACCAAAUUUGAACAUCACCAAGAGCAAGCAGCUGAAAAGAUGCUAAAGAAAGCAUCAAAAGAAAUAUACCAGUUGCGUGGGCAAAAUCAGAAGGAGCCUAUUCAGGUGCAGACUUUUAGAGAGAAGAUAGCUUUUUUUACAAGACCAAGGAUUAACAUACCUCCUCUGCCAGCUGAUGAUGUAUGACAUGUUGCAUUGUAAACAUGAAGUAUUUAUCGCUUUUAUUUUAAUGAAGUUCUUAGAUUAGCCAAGUUUCUUAAAAAAAAAAAAAAUUGUGCAAAAGCUAAUAUACACGUUUUGUAAAAAAUAAAAAAAAGUAAAAAAAGUAAACGUAAACAAAAACAUAUAUAUAAAUAUAUAUACAUAUAUAUUUUAUAAUAGCGACUGCAACAAGGCUUGGUUUUUCCUUGUUGUGAAACUGACAUCUCUGAAGACAACUUAUUUUAUAAAAGAUCGACUAUCCUGUUAAGAGCGUGUACAGUUUUUAUGCUGUUUUAUUUGACUUAAAGGCUGGAAGACAGAAACAAAGUGAGUUCAGGCAAAUUCACUGUAGUGUAAUUUAUUUAUAGUGCCUUUUUUCCUUGAAGGAAAAUACCUACUUUAAGAUGUAUUUUAAGACUGAAAUUUUGUUCUUCAGUAUUUGUCAUACAGUAGAAUGGAACCAUUGAGCUGGUUUUGUUUCUGAUACCUGAAAUGAAAAUACUAUGUUCUAAAAUUGUCACUUUUUUCAGCUUUAUUAUCUGUAGCUUAUUAUGUACAUUGUAUCCUUUAGCACUGUCUGUGUUAUAGCAAAAUAUUAUCACCUGCAAUGUGUCUAACCCUGAUUAGAAGUGGUGUUAAACAUUGCAGAAUUCAUUUGCAUGUUCUUACUGUGCACUAAUAGAUUGUUUUCAUUUCAGUUGCGUCUGAAGUAUCUUUAUAUUCUUAACUAGAUCCUCAUUUUAACGGGGGAAGGAAAAGGGUGACAGGUCUUUGUUUCGCUGUUUAACGAGAAGGGAGUUAAAAGAGCAGUGUGAGCUAGCUGUGUGCAAAGACUGCUAAGGGAAUGUUACAGUGAUUUCUAUAGUUUUAAAG